GCGUCGCCCUCUGCGCGUGUGGGGUUCUGAUAACAUUUUCUCGGUAUUUUAAGCCAACUUUCAGUCAGCCGUACGUGUGAUCAAUUCAUGGGCAAGAUGUCACGACGUUUAUGAAGGGGAGUGGUUGUUGUUUACUGACGUGUAGGGAAACUCUUCAUGAACACAUCUGCAUAUUCUACAACUUUAAAUGCCUCCAGUUUGUAGGCUAAUAGUGAGAUGACAGCUAAUGCUGAGGGGGAUAGUGGCAUCUGAUAUGGGUAGCCGCUAGAGAGUGAAACGACGAUGACUAUGGAGGUUCCGACUCGGAUUGUGAGAAAUCAACUUACUUCAGACCCGAGCGUUUCGCUUGAUGUACCCAUGCUGAAGAACAGGGACUAUCAGCAUAAGGUGUUCGUCAAUAGAAGUGUAACAUUGGAGAACAUCAAAUGCUAUGGCUUUGACAUGGACUACACGCUGGCAGCGUAUAAGUCUCCUGACUAUGAGGAUCUAGGCUUUGAGCUGCUCAGAGACAGGCUGGUGUCUAUAGGCUAUCCCCAUGAGCUACUGCGUUACAACUACGACCCCACCUUCCCCACUCGUGGCCUGGUGUUUGACACAAUGUAUGGGAACUUGCUGAAGGUGGACUCCAAUGGAAACAUUCUGCUGUGCAGUCAUGGCUUCACAUUUCUUAAAAGGGACAAGAUCCACGACUACUACCCCAACGACUUCAUUCAGAGAGGCAACACUGACCGCUUCUAUAUCCUCAACACUCUCUUCAACCUUUCAGAGACAUAUCUGUAUGGCUGCCUUGUGGAACUCUUCACCAGAUGUAGCAGAUAUGUAAACUGCCAGAAAGGCUUCAAAUAUGGUGACUUGUUCAUGUCAUUCAGAAGUAUGUUCCAGGAUGUUCGAGAUGCAAUGGACUAUAUUCAUGAUACGGGCAUUCUGAAGGAAAGCACUCUGAAGAAUUUGGAUAAAUAUGUCGUCAGAGAUCCAAACUUGCCUGUUCUCCUGACUCGCAUUAAGGAGGUGGCCAAAGUGUUCCUGGCGACCAACAGUGACUACAACUACACAGAGGCUAUCAUGAAAUACUUGCUCGAAACUCCACCAGGUGCCAAGAACCCAAAGAAACAGUGGCGUGCAUUCUUUGACCUUGUCGUCGUGGAUACCAGGAAGCCACUGUUCUUUGCAGAGGGAACUGUGCUGAGACAGGUGGACACAAACACAGGGAAGCUCCGCAUCGGAACAUACACUGGAGACCUCCAGCAUGGAACAGUCUACUCUGGAGGCUCCUCAGACAUUGUAUGUGACCUGCUGGAUGUGAAGGGGAAGGACAUCCUUUAUGUGGGGGACCACAUCUUUGGGGACAUUCUGAAGUCCAAGAAGAGGCAAGGUUGGAAGACCUUCCUGGUGGUGCCUGAACUGGCCAAGGAGUUGCAGGUGUGGACAGAGAAGAGUCAUCUCUUUGAAGAGCUGAAGCGUCUUGAUGUCUUUUUAGCUGAGUUGUACAAGCACCUGGACAGUAGCUGUCGAGAGUGCCCAGACAUCAGUGCCAUUCAGACCAGGAUCAAGGUGGUGACCUAUAGGAUGGAUCUUUCCUACGGCCAGAUGGGCAGCCUGCUGCGGAGUGGCUCAAGACAGACUCUGUUUGCCAGCCAGCUCAUGCGUUACGCUGACCUGUACUCUUCCACCUGCAUUAACCUGCUCCACUAUCCCUUCAGUUACCUGUUCAGAGCCCAAUCUGUCCUGAUGCCCCAUGAGUCCUCUGUGGAUCAUCACCCCCUUAACUUCCCCUCACCUGAGUUCUCCGCUUUGGAUCAUGUCCAGAAGACAUCUGAAGCCAAGAGGGCGAGUGAAGAAGAUAACACAGUGGAACUGAAAGACACAUAAGGAUGUAUUUACCAGAACAAUGCUGUUUUUCCGACUGUUCCUCCAUAUCUCAAAAAAGGUGGCUGUUUGUUUUUUUUUGACUGGCAAUUAAUUCUAUCUGCUUUUUAAUAGACAACAAUUAUAAUCAAAUGUAUAGCGCCACCUGCUGGAAGACAGUUUCUUAACUCGUUUUUUUGACAGUAUGUCAAGGGGGAACACGUGGAUUGAUUAUAGGUUACUGUAUAAAUUCAUAUUUGUUAUUAUUAAUCUGUUUUUAUGUGUGCUUGUCUAUUUAACUACAGUACCUUUACACGUCCUAUUUGCAAUGCUUAUUUUGUUCCAUGUGCAAAUGUAUAUUAACUUCAAUGAGCAUGGAAACUGAAACAUGCUCAGUGACCAUUUAAAUAUCAAGUGUUUGUGGCGACUUAUUAUGCAGGUUGGCUCAUGUAGCCUACGUUUAAUAAGUAUGUAACUAGCCCUGGGGUGCGUGACCAUGGUUAGGUGGAUUUAUGAAAAUGAUAACAUGAACUAUCUGACAAAAAAAAAACUAAAAUAAUUAUGCUCUCUUGUUGGCUACUCUUCAUACCCUACUUUGUAUUAGAAGCCUACCCUAGCCUAUGGGGGUUAUGUAAUUAUCAUCCUAAAGUUUAAUAAACAAAAUAAUGAGUCCAAAA